AAUACACCUGUCAUUAUCACGGCCGGCACCCUUUCCUUACACGUGUCCAACCGCAUUCCGGUCCAGCCCGACCACUUACUCCACCAUCGACAACGACAUCCCGUCCCACUCCCUUCUUCUUCCGCCCAGCCAGAUCUCAUCCUGUGAGUCCCAGCAAGGGCAUUUCGAAUACCCCUUCACUGUUCACCCUCACUACACGAUACCGCAGGUCUGUCAUGUUUUCAUGGAUUCCUUGCUGGGGCUAACAUGAAACUAUACGCAACGAGCGCCCAAAAAAAUCACACACCGCACAUUCUCGAUGAUCACUCGUUACCCACUCUGAUCGCAGUACAUGCAUCUUUGGCAAUCUCAGAUGGGGUAGGCAACUGUGGAAAGAUUGAUGGAAGCCGUCGCUGCCUCCCAAACAACUCCCGCUGCUACCCCGCGAGCUUCAUUCCCAUGACCCCCUCUCCGGAAUUGGGGCUAAGAACCUUUUCAGGCGACUUCCUCAUGCACGUCGUUUUGCUGCCACCUGGCCACGAACCCCGAGGAGGCUGCCCAACGCACACGUUGUUUGCGAGCAAACUUUGUGGCUGGCGGGAUGACAAUGGCAGAAAAUGCGAUGCACCUGUUACGUACGGUUGCACAAACCGUUCCGCUGCUGUCUAUGGCCUCGAGAGCAUAAGACGCGAUAUCGAAAUCAUCUGUCGUUGCUGUCUUACAAAAGGAACGAAAAAUGUCAUACAAAAAAAUAUGUCGAGGCGCUUAAGAGAAGUGGAUCUCGAAGGAACCGUUUGGAGCGAUCGUGCAGACGUCCACAGGCAUGAUUGAAUGAUGGAGCCAUUUUCUGACCCAAGCAUCGACUGGAACUUACCGCCGGCCGGAAUCCCAAAUUAAACACCAUCGCCCUACUGGUCGCAUAUGUUCAAACGUUCAUCCCAUACUGGCAGUGGGAGCGUUAAAAUGCCUCCGGGGCCGCUAGUGGCAAACCAUCCCUAUGAGAAGACGACCGCUGCACACCAACUUCGCGAUCGCACCAUUACCUGUGGUUAGAUCAAUCCCGACGUAACGGUUUGCAAUCAGCCAUUUGGUUACCAUAGCGAAGGUCAUUUCGUCUCUGCACGUUGCAUCACUGAUUUGCC